AUGUCAUUCGUCAGUGAUCUAUUCCUGUGUAAUAGUUCACUGGCAUGGGUAAAACACGGACACAAGAACGGAAUGUGCAAUAGCGGUUCAAAGUGUGAUGUCGCACAGAACAAAAUAGUGUGCAAAGUGGACAAUCCCGACAGUGCUAUCGAUCUUGAUAAAGUGAAGAGGAUGUCUUUGGAUCAUAAAAUAUAUUUUCACAGUAACAAAUCGUAUGAUGAGCUAAUUUUUGUCACAAAGUGUCAGUUGCUGGGUGAGAAAAAGGCACUCUUUGAGGGAAAGCUGUUAAGUAUGGAGGGUACGCUAGUAGCAACUGUUACACAGGAGGGAAUUAUCACAAUCAAAAACAAUGAUUAA